CUACUGUGGAGGUUGCAUUGCUACGACUGCUGCAUGGCCAUUGCAGACGUCGGAUUGAACAUACAUUGGUUUUUACUGGUUCGCUGCACGGAUAGCGCUGCUGUAAUCAGUCUGGUAUUUUAUAGGCUACCCUUACUGGGCCUCAGACAAUUAAAACUGUCUGGACUCUCGACGAGGAUGUUGUUCCAAGUGGCUCUUGGGUGGAGGUAGAUUAUAACAGACUAUAGGAUUCUUGGUGAAUAGGGUGUUGAACGUUUUAUUGACUAAUAGAUCAGUUAAAAUCUCAUCCAGGAUAUUUCUGAAGUAAGAUUAGCCUACAUUAGACGUUUUAUUUGUUACAACUUAAAUCGAGUUUUGAUAUUUAAAAGAACGUUUGAUUGCUCUGGUCUAGCUGUUCUUUAUCUGAACGCUGUGAUAAAGUAACUGUAGUGUAGGCUAGCUACAGAUUUACUGUCACGUUUUUUUAUUCGAAGAAACGCUGAAGAAAAUAGAUUCCAUGAUGGAUCGGGACAGAGCUUGCCCGUCCCCCUCCACCCUGCCGGAGUCCCCUGGUCGCAACUCUCCCGGUAGCACCUUACUGCUGGGUCUGAAGAGGGUGUCUGUGCGGCUGGUCGACUGCAGGAAAACACCAGGGCAGAGUGGAACUGUGAGAGAAGGACACGAAGAGGGAGAGGGAGAUUUGAUUUCAUCAAGGGACACCAUUAACUGUCAUUCUCUCAGUGGGAGGGGCUUAUCAUCUGGGGAGCCUCAACAACAUCAUGUUGCUGACGAGUCAGCAAAGAGUCUCUCCCGAUCAGAACAUCUCAAGAAACACCAGCAGAGACAUAUAGGGAAGAAACCUCACCAUUGCUGCUCUGACUGUGGGAAGAGUUUCACUAGACGGAGUGACUUCAUUAUUCACACCGGAGAGAAACCGUACUGCUGCUUUCAGUGUGGGAAGAGUUUCACCUGUCCAGGAGGUCUUAAAGUACACCAAAGAAUCCAUACAGGAGAGAAACCUUACACAUGCUCAGAGUGUGGGAAGAGUUUCACUGCUUCUAACACUUUCAAAUCUCAUCUGCAAAUUCAUACAGGGGAGAGGCCUCACCCCUUCCUUGAUUGUGGGAAAAGCUUUGCUUAUUUGGAAGCUAUAAACAUACACAAGCUAACACACACUGGAGAGAGACCUUAUAGCUGUGAUCAGUGUGGGAAGAGCUUUGCUGUAGCUUCCACCCUGAAUAGACACCAGGUAACACACACUGGAGAGAAGCCUUAUAGCUGUGAUCAGUGUGGGAAGAGCUUUGCUGUAGUUUCCUCCCUGAAUAGACACCAUCGAACACACACUGGAGAGAAGCCUUAUAGCUGUUAUCAGUGUGGAAAGGCCUUUGCUGUUUCAGAAAAACUAACUAUACACCAGCGAACACACACAGGAGAGAAGCCUUAUAGCUGUGAUCAGUGUGGGAAGAGCUUUGCUGUGGUUUCCUCCCUCAUUAGACACCAUCGAACACACACUGGAGAGAAGCCUUAUAGCUGUGAUCAGUGUGGAAAGGCCUUUGCUGUAUCAGAAAAACUAACUAUACACCAGCGAACACACACAGGAGAGAAGCCUUAUAGCUGUGAUCAGUGUGGGAAGAGCUUUGCUGUAGCUUCGACCUUGAUUAGACACCAGCUAACACACACUGUAGAGAAGCCUUAUAGCUGUGAUCAGUGUGGGAAGAGUUUUGCUGUAGUUUCCUCCCUGAUUAGACACCAUCGAACACACACUGGAGAGAGAACUUAUGUCUGUCUAUGUGGGAAGAGCUUUGCUCUAGCUUCCACCUUGGCUACACACGAGCGAACACACACUGGAGAGAAGCCUUAUAGCUGUGAUCAGUGUGGAAAGAGCUUUGCUGUAUCAGAAAAACUAACUAGACAUCAGCGAACACACACAGGAGAGAAGCCCUAUAGCUGUGAUCAGUGUGGGAAGAGCUUCAGUCAAUCAGUACACCUGAAUACACACCAGCGAACACACACAGGAGAGAAGCCUUACAGCUGUGAUCAUUGUGGAAAGAGCUUCAGUCAGUCAGUACACCUGAAUACACACCAGCGAACACACACAGGAGAGAAGCCUUACAGCUGUGAUCAUUGUUGAAAAGGUCCAGUCAAUCAGGGACCCUGAAUUCACACCAGUGAACACACGCUGGAGAGAAACCUUAGAUAGAUACAGUACCAGUUCGGACACUCCUAUACAGUACCAGUCAAAAGUUUGGACACACCUACUCAUUCCAGGGUUUUUCUUCAUUUUU